CUUGUUAGAAACGUUUUUCGCCCUACUACUACUGCAGCCUGCACGAACGACAGAGAGUUCUCUCCUAUACGCCAUUUUCUCGCGUUUUCUCGACGAUUUUCCUUCCAGCCAAACACUCUCAAUCCCUUGGCAGCCUGUUGCGCUUUCUUUUCGGAUCGUCAUCAGUGAAUUUCUCCGGCCUCCAAGCGAUCUCUUCUUCAUCCUUCCUCCCUUUGGGAACUUGUAAAGUUCUUGGUAAACUUUUUGUCUGAAUAGAUGCCAGUUGCAAAACUCACGGCCUCUGGCAGUUCUGAUUUCACAAAAACAGAUGACGGAAAUGAUUCUUUAGAUACUAUAAUCAGACAAGCAAUUGGAAAAGAACCUUUCCUUUCCUUUCCCAGGGCCGGUGACAGCCCAGUACAGUGGAUUCAAUUACUUCAUGCUUUAGAUCAGCAAGAACUUCCAGGGUGGCCUUUGCUCUCUCCUGUGAAGGUUCAGUUACAGAAGUGUGACAAGUGCUCUCGAGAAUUUUGCUCUCCAAUUAAUUAUAGAAGACAUAUACGAGUACACCAUCGACUGAAAAAGCUUGAUAAGGACUCUAAAAAAAAUAGGGAUCUUUUGGGGGCAUAUUGGGAUAAGCUCUCUGUAGAAGAGGCAAAGGAGGUUGCGUCAUUCAAGAAUGUGAUGCUGGAGGAAGUUCCAGGGUCUUCAAUUUUAAAGGCUUUGACUACUAUAAGAAAACAAGGAUUUUCUUCCUUUCCGCAGUAUUAUCUGAGGUCUGGUUCAGCUCUUUUGGAUAUUGUUCAAUCCAGACCUUCUAGUUUUCCUAUAUCUUCCCAAGAGUUGUUCAGUAUCCUUGACGAUUCUAGUGAAAAAACAUUUUUAUGUGGAUCAGCAGUGUCCAUGCAAAGAUAUGUUUUUGAUGGAGAGGCUGGAAAGAUUGGUCUCGAACCAAAAAACCUAGUUGCUUGCACAAGUUUCUUGCUGGAGCAGAAAUUGGUGAAGGAAUGGCUUGCUGACAAGGAUGCUGAAGCAUUGAGAUGCCAAAAGCUACUGGUGGAGGAGGAGGAAGCUGCUCAGAAAAGACAAGUUGAGAUUUUAGAGCGGAAACGCCAGAAAAAGCUUAGACAGAAAGAACACAAGGCAAGGGAACGACUCGAAGAUUACUCAGAAAUUAAAGCGAACAUAAGCAGCACAGGAGACGAUGAAUCGCCAGCAGAAGUAUCGUUUGGUACAUGUGACUUUGAAGCACAUAAUCCAGAUAUAUUUGCGGAUCAUUCCCCUUCAUCUCAUGUAACUCCUCUCUGCCUAGACAUUAAUGAAGGUAUAGAAAGGGAUACAUUGUCAGGGUAUGAUUGUGACUCUGAUCAGUAUAUAAAGCGACAGAUAUCAAAAACACAUAAUCGCCGGCGCACAGUGGCUGCCAGGCGGCAGGGGCUGCCGAAAUCGCAAUGGGCUAGAGCCAAUGGUUUGCAUGCAAGCCAGAAUUCUCAAAUGUCAAAGCUUGGAGUUAUUAAAAAACAUGGAAUCAAUCGUGAUCAAAGGGCAGCUCCUAUAGUUAAUAGUAGUAAAGUUUGGAGCCGAAAACCUAAACCAGAAACUAAUGGGGUGGUUUUAAAAGCCAAACUGCAGAAAGAACCUGAGAAAGGUAAGAAUCAUGAAGUUUUGAUAGGAUCUGUGUCUGUUAGUCUGGGUAAUUGCGGUCAGUCAGAAGGAAAUUUUGUGGCAUCCCAGCGGGACUGCUUGGUAGAGAAUCUGGCCAAGCAGAAUACUACUCAGGAGAAGCCAAUGAAACUCGAUUCCUCUCAGGGAGGCAACAGUCGGUUAACAGUUAAGUUUUGGAGGCCUGUUAGUCAGCAUGGAACUAAAGAUCCAUUGCCACUUCAAAGUGGUGGGACAGAAGCUGAUGUAGUUAAUGGAAAAUAUGACCAAAAUUCGUCAGGUUCAAGCAAUAUAAGGUUGUGUAGUCUAAACGGUAGUGGUAUUGAUUUUGGGAGCAGUUUUCCCGAUACUGGGGCUAAUAUAGAUUCAGGAAGUUUACGGUUAUCCAGCCAUGCUGCCAAAGCCUUUCUUGCACAAAGAUGGAAAGAAGCUAUCUCAUCAAACCAUGUGAAGUUGGUUGUUUCACCUGAUUUUGAACCUCGUGGAGGCCAGCUGGUAAAGGAUUGUGACCAAUCAGCAUGUCCAUCAUCUAAUGCGGACAGAUGUAGCAUUCUUGCAAAUACAGAGAACCGGUUGCCUGCAACCUCCGGAGUUGCUGAACCCACCAAACCCAGAACGAAGCCUGACAAGGGAAUCAAGAUAAAGUACAUUCCCAAACAAAAAACAGCAACCGAGUAAGAAGUAACUGAAGAAAUUGGAUUAUUUAAUUAUGGGAGAUACGCAGAGAUUUCUCGCCAAUUAAUUUAUUAGCAGAGGUUCCAGUUUUAUCGAUGGUCUUCUGUCAGAAAAUUGAAGGAAGGUUUUGCCGGAAAGUCUUUUUAUAUUCCGCCCUUUUCCUUCAAAUCAUAGGGGGCUUGUGCAUUAAGUUUAUUUUUUCUUGUGGCAUUUUUACCAAAAUUUUGUGUAAUAAACUUGGUUAGUUAUUAUAAAAGGGCAUCCUUUAUUUUCUCUUGGGAUACAAAGGGCAUCCUCUUUAACUGGCAAACAAUUUUCCCUGCUACCCUUUUUCCGGGCAUAAUUGUUACAUUGGUCAAUAAUUCUAUUACUGAGACAAAGCAGAAUUCCU